GAUAUAAGUGAAAUCCAGCUAGAUAUAAGUGAAAUCCAGCUAGAUAUAAGUGAAAUCCAGCUAGAUAUUGGUGAAAUCCAGCUAGAUAUUGGUGAAAUCCAGCUAGAUAUAGUUGAAAUCCAGCUAGAUAUAGGUGAAAUCCAGCUAGAUAUUGGUGAAAUCCAGCUAGAUAUUGGUGAAAUCCAGCUAGAUAUUGGUGAAAUCCAGCUAGAUAUUGGUGAAAUCCAGCUAGAUAUUGGUGAAAUCCAGCUAGAUAUAGGUGAAAUCCAGCUAGAUAUAGGUGAAAUCCAGCUAGAUAUUGGUGAAAUCCAGCUAGAUAUAGGUGAAAUCCAGCUAGAUAUUGGUGAAAUCCAGCUAGAUAUUGGUGAAAUCCAGCUAGAUAUAGGUGAAAUCCAGCUAGAUAUAGGUGAAAUCCAGCUAGAUAUUGGUGAAAUCCAGCUAGAUAUAGGUGAAAUCCAGCUAGAUAGUUGUUGA